UACUUUUUCUUGGUCAAGACAGUUGAUAGACAACCUUUCACUUUCGCUAAUGUUGUUUAAAUCUUUACUUCCUUCAGCCAUCGUGGCUAUUUCCACCUUCAUUUCCUCGGUUUCCGCCGACGAUUUACCACCAAUCGAAAUUGUUGGUAACAAAUUCUUUUACUCCAACAAUGGUUCCCAAUUUUUCAUGAAGGGUAUUGCUUAUCAACAAAAUACUGCUGAUUCCAACUCCACUUUUGUUGAUCCAUUAGCUGAUGCCGAUGCUUGUAAGAGAGAUAUCCCAUACAUGCAAGCUGUUGACACCAACGUUAUUAGAGUUUAUGCCUUAGACACUACCCAAGACCACACUGAAUGUAUGCAAUUAUUGCAAGAAGCUGGUAUCUACGUUGUUGCUGAUUUAUCUCAACCAGAUGAAUCUAUCAACAGAGCCUCCCCAUCUUGGGAUUUAGACUUGUUAAAGAGAUACACUUCUGUUGUUGAUUUAUUCCACAACUACACCAACAUCUUGGGUUUCUUUGCUGGUAAUGAAGUUACCAACGAAGUCUCAAACACUGAUGCUUCUGCUUUCGUCAAGGCUGCUAUUAGAGACACCAAGGCUUACAUUAAGGCCAAGGGUUAUAGAACCAUCCCAGUCGGUUACUCUGCCAAUGAUGACACUGAUAUUAGACAAUCUUUAGCUCAAUAUUUCGCUUGUGGUGAUGACGAUGAAAGAGCCGAUUUCUUUGGUAUUAACAUGUAUGAAUGGUGUGGAUCUUCUUCAUUCACCACAUCUGGUUAUUCUACUAUUACCAAGGAUUACGCCAACUUAAACAUUCCACUUUUCUUCUCCGAAUACGGUUGUAACAAGGUUACUCCAAGAAAGUUCCAAGAAGUUGCUACCAUUUAUGGUGACCAAAUGACUGAUGUUUGGUCUGGUGCUAUUGUCUACAUGUACUUCCAAGAAGAAAACGAUUACGGUUUAGUUUCUAUUGACGGUUCUGGUAAGGUCAGCACUUUACAAGAUUACAACAACUAUAAGUCUCAAAUCUUGCAAGUUAGCCCAUCCGGUGUUAAGGCUGCUGAUGAAUCUUCAUCUUCUCUUUCUCCAACUUCCUGUCCUACCAACACUGACAACUGGGAAGCUUCUACUGAAUUACCACCAACCCCAGAUAAGGAUGUCUGUAACUGUAUGAGCGAAUCAUUAUCUUGUGUUGUUUCUCCUAAGGUUAAAUCAAGCAAAUACGGUGAUUUAUUUGAUUACGUUUGUGACCAAAUUGAUUGUUCCGGUAUUGGUGCCAAUGGUACCACUGGUGAAUAUGGUGCUUACUCCCCAUGUGAAGCCGCUGACAAGUUAAGUUUCGUCUUGAACCUUUACUACGAAGCCCAAGGUGGUGAUGAUUCUGCUUGUGACUUCGAUGGCAGUGCUACCCUCCAAAAGGCACAAACUGCUUCUUCUUGUUCCGCUAUCUUGAAGUCUGCUGGUACUUCUGGUUUAGGUACUGUAGUUGGUGCUAUUCACACUGAUGAAAGUGACAGUCAAUCUAACGGUUCUUCUACCAACGGUUCCAACUCUUCCAAGACCACUUCUGGCUCCAGCAGUUCUGGUACUUCUGCUGCCAAGAAGAACAGUGCUAACUCUAACUCUGCCAUGACCUUAUGGACCAAGAUUGGUGCCGUGGGUGUUUCCAUGGUUGUUGGAUUCGGUAUGAUUAUGAUGUAAGUUUGUAUUAUUUAAGAUAUUUAGAGUUUAUAAAUAUAAUUGAUUGUUCAUUAGGCUUG